AUGGAAGGUGAACCCCACAACAGCUCAGGACUGCCUCCUUUCACGUUGACAGGACUCCCAGGUUUGGGGACCUCCCAGCACUGGAUGUUCUUGCUCCUGGGAGCCUUUUAUUUCAUCUCUAUAGUGGGCAAUGCCCUGAUUCUGUUUAUUAUCAAGGAGGAGCAGAGCUUGCACCAGCCUAUGUACUACUUCCUGUCCCUGCUGUCAGUGAAUGACCUAGGCGUGUCUUUGUCCACCUUGCCCACAGUACUUGCCACAUUUUGCUUCCACUUAAAACAAAUCAGUUUUAAUUCUUGCAUGGCUCAGAUGUUCUUUAUCCAUCUCUUCUCCUUCAUGGAGUCUGGGAUCUUGCUGUUUAUGAGCUUUGACCGCUAUGUGGCCAUCUGUAACCCACUACGCUAUGCCACAAUCCUUACUGAUGUCCACGUGUUUCAAAUGGGCUUAUCUGUUAUUAUCCGAAGUUUCUGCCUGGUUUUCCCAAUGCCUUUCCUCCUGAAGAGGCUGCCCUUCUGCAAGGCCAACGUGCUAGCCCAUUCCUACUGCCUGCACCCAGACCUGAUCCGCCUGCCCUGUGGUGACACCACGAUCAACAGCAUGUACGGCCUGUUCAUUGUCAUCUCGGCCUUUGGGGUGGACUCCCUGCUCAUCCUGCUCUCCUAUGUGCUCAUUCUGCGCUCUGUGCUGGCCAUCGCCUCCCGGGAGGAGAGGCUGAAGACACUCAACACGUGUGUGUCUCACCUCUGUGCUGUGCUCAUCUUCUACGUGCCCAUGCUCAGUGUGUCCAUGGUCCAUCGAUUUGCAAAGGAGGCCCCUGAGUAUGUGCACCAGUUCAUGUCCCUGGUCUAUCUCUUUGUGCCUCCCAUGCUCAACCCAAUUAUCUACUCCAUCAAGACAAAGGAAAUCCGAAGAAGGAUACACAAGCUGUUAUUGAGAUCUAAGUUCUGA